AUGGGGAAGAUUUCACUUGUUGCUGCUCUCCUAUUGUGUUUGUUAGCAUUUGCAAAUGCUAACACGUUCUCCGUCACGGUGGCCGUGACGGAGGACAAUAUUGACAAUCCACAAAGUUGUCAAGAGCAGAUUCAGAGUCAGAAACUUAACCACUGCAGGAUGUAUAUUUCAAGAAGCCAUCAACACUUUAACGACGAGUUGAGCAUGGUAACAGAUGACGAUCAUGAGAUCAACCAAGCACAAGAACAUCUCCAACAAUGUUGCCAAGAAUUGAGGAACAUGGACACCCAAUGCCGGUGCCCGGCGCUUAAGAAAAUGGUGAUGCAGGAUUGCGGUAGACAAGGCGAAGAGGCACAACGCAUGUUAGGGAAAGCUCGUUAUAUUCCGCGUAUGUGUAACAUUCAGCCUACUCAAUGUAGCUUCUAA